CAUGGAAGAAGCAGGAGAUCUCGUGGGUAGUGACCACAUUAGCUGUUCGAUCUGCCACGACAUACUGAACAAUCCCGUGACAAUUCCCUGUGGGCACAAUUAUUGUAAGAGCUGCAUUAAGGACUACUGGGAUCGAAAGAACCAUGUUGAUGUCCACAACUGCCCCAGGUGCAGAAAGACCUUCAUAACAAGACCUGUUCUGUUCCGAAACAGUAUGGUAGCUGAAGUUGUGGAAAAACUGAAGAAGGCAAGAUUCCAGGCUGGUCAACCUGCUGGACCUGGAGAUGUGGUGUGUGAUGCUUGUAUUGAGACGAAGAACAAAGCUGCAAAGUCCUGCCUGGUGUGUCUGGCCUCCUACUGUGAAGGUCAUCUUCAGCCUCAUUAUGACUCUCCAACAUUUAAAAACCACAGAUUGAUAAAUUCCACUGGACCACUGAAAGAAAAGAUCUGUUCCAACCAUGACAAGCUGCUGGAAGUCUACUGCCAUACUGAUCAGCGGUGUAUCUGUCUGCUGUGUGUGAUUGAUGAGCACAAAGGACACGAUACAGUCCCAACUGCUACAGGAAGAACUGCGAAACAGGACCAGCUUGAAGAGAUACAAAAGGAAUGUGAGACGUUAAUCCAGGAGAGACAACAGCAGCUGCAGGAACUGAUGGAAGCUGUUGAGUCACUCACAUGCUCUGCACAGGCAGCAGUGGAGGACACUGAAAGCAUCUUCACCGAGAUGAUCCGCUCCCUUGAGAAAAGGAGCUCUGAAGUGGUAGACCUGAUCCGAGCUCAGGAGAAGGCUGCACUAAGUCAGGCUGAAGAACUCCUGGAGCGACUGGAGCUGGAGGUUGAUGAGCUGAAGAAGAAAAAUGCAGGCUUGGAAGAGUUAAUAAAUACAGAGGAUCACAUCUAUUUCUUCCAGUCUUUCCAGUCUCUCUGUGCUCCUCCUAAACCAACCACCCCCGACAUACCCACCAUUGUUGUGGACCAAGAUCAAGCCUUUGAGAAUUUGAAGAAGGCAGUUUCUUACCUGAAAGACCAACUGGAAGACGUCUGCAAGAGAAAAUCUGUAGAAAUCUCUCUGACAGUCAAUGAUUUUCAUAUCCUACAGGAAUCAAAGUCCAGUCCAUUGAGAAAAGUCCUACAGAUUCCACAAUCUGGAAUCAGGGGACAGCUUUUACAAUAUGCCUGCCUGCUAACACUCGACCCCAAUACAGUGCAUAAAAUCCUUUGCCUGUCUGAGGGGAACACAGUGGUGACAUUCAACCGAGACCUCCAACCCUAUCCUGAUCAUCCAGAGAGAUUUGACUUCUAUUCACAAGUUCUGUGUAAAGAGGGUCUGUCUGGGUGUUGUUACUGGGAGGUUCAGUGGAGUGGGAGUGAGGUUUUUAUAGCUGUGGCAUACAAAGGGAUCAGCAGGAAAGGAGGACGUUAUGACUGCUUGAUAGGAGCCAGUGAAAAGUCCUGGAGUUUGAACUGCUCUCCUUCAUCUUACUCUUUCAUGCAUAGUGAUAAGACUACUCCAGUAUCUGGUCCCAGUUCGUCCACAAUAGGAGUUUACCUGGAUCACAGUGCAGGAACUCUGUCCUUCUACAGUGUCUCUGACACAAUGACCCUCCUCCACAGAGUCCAGACCACAUUCACUGAACCCCUCUAUCCUGGGUUCCUAGUGUCUGCUGGAUGUUCUGUUAAACUGUGCUCUCUGGGAUAAGAGAAAGCCCUAAUCACCGGAAUAUUCAGUGAGAGAGGAAAACUUUCAAUGUCGACUUGACCACAGAAAUUAUCUAACAUUUCUUUUCUGUUUGAUGCAUUGAUCUGUCCUUAUUUUUUCUUUGGAAACAACAAUAGUGUAUGAGGUUUGAAAUAAACUAGACAGCACAUUGGUCAGUAAUGCAGGAUUAUUGUGCCUGAAGAAAUUUCUCUGACCAGCUUUCCCAGUACAUUCUUCUUCUUCUUCUUCUCAUUAUUGCUGAUAUCUUUGUUCAGCCAGCAUACAAAGUUAGGUUUUUUCAGUGCCUUGAAAGAGUUAAUAUAGACUGAUAUUGUUACUUGAUGAAUUGAACUACAGAAGGAGUAGAAUUUGAACCUUAAGCAUUCAGAAUACACACACACACACACACACACACACACACACACAAGGUAUUAACCCUAACCCUAACAAUGGAUAGGGUACUGUUCCUUGUCCCAAUCUUAAAUCCUUGAAAUUCUGAGUUGGCUUCUCCUUCCGAUCUUUUUCUAGGAAGGCCUAGUAAUCACAUACUUAUCAAAAAGCAUUGACAUGAAAUUUAUAUU